AUGCCACGAACGUCCAGCGUGGACUUCGUGUUUCGGUCAGCUGGACUGAGUUGGGCAGAGGAGCAGCCCUAUUUUGGGCGAGAACGGCGCGAGGCCGCGUUCCUUCGUGAAUUGCCGAACGUGCUGUUCCUUCGCGUUCGUGCGUACGGAAAACUGCACGUCGUCCCCUGGAUCAGGCAAUGGCCAUUUGUAUCCACCGGUCCAGGCGGUGACGGACAACAAGUGCCAGGAAUUACUGACGUUGCUAGCGAAAGCGCGGGUAAAGGUCAGGGUCUUUUUCCCUUUUCAAUUGUAACAAAACGAUUCAUUACUUUCUUCCUUUCUUCUCGCACGGGGAACCUGUUUAAUUGGCAUGCUGUGCAACAGGGCACGACGAACGUGCGGGAACUGAUCGCAUAUCGACGUGAGGCAGAACAGUAUUUGGGCCAGGACGACCAUCUUUACCGCAUAGACUGGGCGCAAGACGGUCCGACGCCGUGUUUGAGAACGGAUGUGGAAGACCGAGGACAGGGCGCUAAUGUGAUGCGAAUUUGGCUGCUGGGCGCGUCUGAUGCGAGUAUUGACCUUUGCGGCGCGAGGACUGCGUCCGGAUCGGACGCAACCUCGAAAACCAGAGCGCGCUCCCUGCAGAUGGCAUCUCGAUGGCGUACAUAUGCGGAGAGCUAUGUACUAUCACACCCAACGGAGCUGGUUGAUGCUGCACGUGUGCGGAAGCCGUUCCUGCAUCGGACGAAAUUGGAGGAGGAGGGCGACGAUGCGAAUGGAGACGGAGAUGUGCCGAAGGGGCGGAGGCGCUGGGUGUCGGAUGGACUCGUUGAGGAGUCUGGACAGAGUGGAGAAGAUAGCGAAUUGCCUCUUAGAAUCACGGUAAAGACGGACUGUAGAGGCUACUGCGGAUGGGCGAUCCCGGCAGCGCAGAACGCUAAUAAUAGCGAGGAUGAAUCCAAGAGAGAUGGUCGAAUGGCCAAGCGCUUUUCGUCUCACUUGCUCUCUCUCCAUCAUCCUCCCCGCGGGCACUCCUCCGCCCGCCACCGUCCCGCCCGUGCCGACCCGCACGCUGUCCGCCGCUCGACGAAAAAAUAUACAGGGGCAAGGGCUCCCUCGCUUGCCGUCCUUGCCGCACUUGCCACUCUCGCUGGCGCCGCACCCCUCGACAACGUAGCAACAACAACUCCCGCACCCGGGCCAAUCAGCGCGGACGUUCCCGAUUUUCUCUGUCCCGCCCUCGCGUCGUCACCAGCGACAACAGGCGCAGGCUUUAGUGCGACACCUGCUGCGCAACCCUUCCGCUGUGCCGUUGAGACGACCACCGCUCCUCCACCUGCUCCGCAGCAGCAGCAACAACAACAGCGUCUUGCUUACAAGACCUUUUAUCUAUCUGCGUGCAACGGCGAGCCUGUUGCGACGCAUACUGUCGUUGACGUCGACUUUGACGCUUACACUGUCGCACACGCUCCCGACACACGGAGAAACAAAGACGCCGCCAACAAUUACAGGAGGCGCAGAACCCGAUCAAGCAGAUCACUUCCUGACAGUUUCAUCAAAUCUCCUCAAGACGAGUCCAAUUUAUAUUCCGAUUUCACACCUACUUUAUCGUUUUCACCGCCAUCGAGCAACGCUCAAAUCGCGCGUGGGGACGCAACUACAUAUAGUAGUAGUAGUACUCCAUCUGCUUCUCCUACAGAGUGUUCGGAGCUGUAUACCUCGCGCACCAUUCCGGACCGGUACGAGCUUGGGAACGACGGUCGCUGGCAUAAGCUCAGCGUCUGGUCGUCGUGUUCGCUUUGCCAAUGCGACACUCAGACAUCACACGAUGUUGACGAUUCAGCUGACAAUGAAAUAUCCGCUACGGGCGUUACUAAUGAUGCGGUCGGCGAUGACGAGCAGGAUCUCUCUAAUGUAUCGGCAACGGCAUCGUCGACCCCAACCGGCAGUUCAAACCCUUCUCCCGUUGUCUUACCUGUUGGUUGGGAUAGGCGGAGCGACUCGGCCGUAUACAGAGUGCCACUUAUCGUCAUUGCGAGUUUGUUAGUCGCCAUCGCGGUCUGUAGUGCUGUGUGGUUCACGUUCUUUUGGCGAAGAAGGCAACGAUUGGCGAAACAGUUGGCACAGGCGAGGGAUUUGGAGAAGAAACGAAGGAAGGCUGAAGGUAUUGAGAGUGGAAGUGAGGAGGAUAUGGAUGAUGAUAGCGAUGAUGGGAAUGGAAGGAGAAGUUCGAGAAACCGUGGUGAUGCUGCCGUAUAUGCGGAUGGCGAGAGGCGAGAAAAGAAGGAUGAGGGAAAGGCAAAGGCGCGCUGGGCUCGUGCUACUGCGCAGUGGAAAGCGCACGCACGAUGGAUUGCUCGACGACGACGUGGGCGAACAGGCAUUGUAGACGGAAUGAGGCAACGGGACGACGCGAUGGCGUCAGGUGUUUCACUAGCCCGUUCGACAGCUUCUUCACGAGCGAGCAGUCGGAAUGAAGCAGCUGCGGCCAUGCGAAUAUCGCGCGACGGUGGAGAGGCUGGACGACAAGCAGAGUUAGAACUGCCGCCGGGACCAGAGGAGGAAGAAAUCGCAGGACGAGAUCCGAUGCCAGGAAUCAGGGUCAGGGCGGGAGAUGGACCUAUGACUGGAAAUAGAAGUGGGGGUGCAUUACGCGACCCGGAGAUAUCGUCGGAGGCUUCUCGGAUGGGAAUGGGAAGAGGUUCGAGCGGUCAGGAUCAACUGCAUUUCCGGAACGAGAAUCAAGCUUUGGGGCAUAAUGAGGAUCAUCGAGAUCUAGGUGGAAGAGGGGAAGUGGAAGCGGAGGGAGAAGCAGCGGUCAUUAAUGCGAACCAAAGUCCGAGUGGAGCGUCUAGAUCUCAACUACUACCAAGACCAAGAUCGAGGAUUGGAGAAGUGAAUACUGUUCCACUACCGUUGAGUCGAUAUCCUUCUCGUCAUCCUCUUGAAACUUCGGAGCCGCCUUGGGAUAGGGACUAUGACCAUCCACCUUUGGAGGGAGACAUAGAUGAUGAGGAGCAACGCGAGGCGAUGAGUCCACCUGCGUAUCGUGUGAGAGGAAUCGCACAUGUCUCUGGAGUGCCGCGGACAGAUAGAAGAAGGACACGAACACGGUUACGACGUGACCAAAAGAGCGCUUCAGGACUCGGGUACGUCCCUAACUCUGAGGAUUGUGCACCAUACUCGUCAAGUGAAGACGAAUGUGAUGAUGCUUCCGGCAGUACGAUUUCGACUCGGGAUGAUGGGACGUCACCUGUUGACACGAACAUGCACAUUGCAGUGGACGACAAGCAUGCUCUUGCUCGACUGGCUGAGUACGCUAGUGCACCACCACCUCUAUCGCCGGCUUCACCACCCACCACCACCGCAACUUCUCCUUCUUCGUCUUCUUACGUUCAUUCACAACAACUUCCCGAGGCAAAUGCCCCUCCAGAAACGGACUGGUUUGAGGGAUAUGCCGCGGCGGUGUGUGAUGAUGAUAUGACAGCUGACUCUCCUGGCGCGGGUCCAGGUCCGUCAACUGUCUUUGCGCGUGCUGCUUCGCCUUCUUCCUCUAGAUCCGGUUCUCCUUCUUGUUCCCAAUUGUCUGGUUCGCAUGCUGUCUCUCGGUCUGGCGCGCGUUCGUUGUUCCCUGCCCCUCCUCAGCCUGUAACUUCCUGCCUUGCAUAUGCACCUGCCGAUGCAGGUUUACGUCUAGACCACUCUGGGUUCGGCUUCAACGCCACCGUCACCGCUGACUCUAAAGACUCCAGGCUACUGUCUGAAGACGCGCACAUGCAGAGGUACCAUGACUUCUCGCGUGGAUUUGAUUUUGAGCUUGGGCUGGGGCUUGAUCCGGAUGAAGAGGUGGAUGAUGUGAUUGGAGGUAUGUUUGGGCCGUCUGCCCCGCCGUUUGAGGACGCGCUUGCCGAUGCGAGUGCACCUCCGAUGUUCUUUGAUGAGGAGGGUGGUGCGAUGGAAGAACAAGAAUAUACUCUAUCGAGGGAUAACCCACGUAGAGACGUCCAGGUUGAGUCGACGUGUGUUCACCAGAUCGGUGCUGAGCCCUCUCCACCUCCACCGCCGCCUGAUAUCGUACACUCCGAAACUUCCGAUCGAGACGCUGUUCUUUCCGCUGUGAGAUGA